UUACAAAUCCGAUUUAAAAUGUGAAUAUUUGGAAAAAUAUAAAACCAAAGAUGCUUUGCUGAAGAAUAGACCAGCAAGUCGCAUACCAAGGGAUCAAUGGACUGGUCUUGUUUCUUAUUGGCUUUCUGAUAAAGCUAAGAGGCGUACCCAAGCAAAUAGAAAUAAUAGGGCCAAACAAAAUAUGCCUCACACAGGAGGAUCCAAAAGUAUUGACACCUUAAUGGAUGAGCAGGACAUGAUGAACGAAAGGUUGAGGGAUACUGACGGAUCAAAUGACCAGCCUCCCCGCAGUGUUGCUUGGGAAGGAGAUGUGUAUUCCCAAGUGCUUGAAAAUGAUAAAAGUGGGUAUGUUCGUGGUUUAGGACUUGGUCCAACUCCUUCUAUGUUGUGGGGCAGUAGAUCUUCCUUAGGAAAUAUUGUUAUAGAGGAUUCGUCUGAUGAGGUUGUACAAAAACUAAAGCACGAGAUAACAGAGUUAAAAGAGUUAAAUGAAAAACAAAAUGAAGAAAUGAGUUUUAUAAGACAAGAACUAUCAUGGAUGCGGCAAGUCAUGAGAAAAAUUGCUCCAAAUGAGUUACCUAUGCCUCAGAAUAUCAAUGGAGUCUCAACUGGACAGGCAACUCAAUUUCAAAAGUUUUAGGCGUAUAUAGGCUAAGAAAUGCUUGUUCCGGUUAGUAGCUAUAUAUAGACUUAAGAGUUAUGAGGAAAGUUUCACUUCUUGUAACUUUCAAGGUUUGUUAUAAAAUAUGUGUGUGGGUAUGUAUUUGGUAGUUUUCUUUUUCUUGUUUGUUCACUGUUACAAAUACUGUUACUUCUUGUACUCUGUAAACUUUAGUGCGUACUAAAUAUACAUACAACUAAAAUAAUUUUACGUC